AGUACACAUGAUUGGAAAUUAAUUUCCAACUCCCUUUUCCACCAUAAAUAAAACAAAAUCUCUCCCAUCCUCUUGACUUUCACAAUCUUUCCUUCUUCCAACAAUUUCCCCAAACUCUCUUUCUAACAAUGUCGAUUAGGGUUUUCAUCCUCGCUUUACUCCUCAUCGCAUCGCCCUUCCUUCAAGUCGCAAAAUGUCAAUCGGAUUCAACGCCCGAAACCGAAACUGUUGUUGAUUCAACAACUGAUGAAAGCAGUGAUCUUGGAAUUGUCAAUGAUGAUACUCAAAUUUAUGGUGAUGGGAGUUUAGUCUCCGCUCCCGGUGUUGAGACAGUUUGUGUUUUCCCUAAGAAUAGUGGGAGAGUUGUUCCGGCUGGCGAAGAGACAGAGGUUCUUGUUGGAAUCAAAUAUGAUGGGGAGGCUAGCAUCAACGUUGUUGCCCUUCAGGCCAGUGUUCAUCUCCCAUUUGACCAUCGUAUGCUGGUCCAAAAUCUUACUGCACAGGUAUUUAACAAUGCCUCAGUUCCUCCAUCAGCUCAAGCCACUUUCCCCUACAUAUUUGCUGUCAGCAAAUACUUGCAGCCCGGAUCAUUUGACCUUGUUGGCACAAUUGUCUAUGAGAUUGACAAGACUCCUUAUCAGAGCACUUUCUACAACGGUACUAUUGAAGUUGUUGAGGCCAGUGGAUUCUUGACCAUUGAGACUGUUUUCUUGGUUAUGCUUGCUAUUGCCCUUGUUGCUGCUCUUGGUUUGUGGAUUCACGGUCAAUUACAACGCUUUUCAAAGAAAUCUAAGAAGGCACCUAAGGUGGAAGUUGGAACUCGUUCAACUGACUCUUCAACGGAUGAAUGGCUCCAGGGAACCGCAUACACCCAAUCACAAGCCAACAAGCUAAAGAAAAAGAAGUGAAAUGGCCUGACAUGGGUGCAAAGACCUGUUGUCCAUUGUAGUCUAAUGUAACUCAUCGGCUUUUAAUUUUGUUAGAGCAGAAGAGACUACUUUUUCUAAUGUAGAAUGUCCAUGGAACCCAAAAUUGUGAUCUU